CGCUGGGUUCCUGCACGCCGCGGCGCGCGCACUCCCUUGGACUGAGCCCGAGUUUCUCCACGCGAGCGGGUGGGCGCGCGCGCUCUCAGGACGUGGAGAGGGAAGGAAACCCUGUGGUAGCGGGCGGGGCCAGGUAGCCAAGCAGCAACCGCCGCCACCGCAGCUCCUUCCCACUCUUUGCCAACUGCCUGCUCCCUGCUCGUUACCUGGCCCGCGCCCCGCAGCUCCUCAAGUUCUACCCCCAGCAGCCCAGGGCAGCGCGCGCCAUGGCCCCGCGGAAGAACGCGAAGGGCGGCGGCGGUGGCCACAGCAGCAGCAGCAGCCCCGGCAGCAGCAGCGCGGGUGGUGGCGGCGGCGGCAGCAGCAGCAGCAGCAGCAGUAGCAGUAGCGCAGGGUCUCGCAGAGAGACAAAGCAUGGUGGACAUAAGAAUGGAAAGAAAGAAGGACUCUCUGGAAGUUCAUUUUUCACAUGGUUUAUGGUAAUUGCCUUGCUGGGAGUCUGGACUUCUGUAGCUGUCGUUUGGUUUGACCUUGUUGAUUAUGAGGAAGUUUUAGCCAAAGCAAAGGACUUCCGUUAUAACUUGUCAGAGGUACUUCAAGGGAAGCUGGGAAUCUAUGAUGCUGAUGGUGAUGGUGAUUUUGAUGUCGAUGAUGCCAAAGUUUUAUUAGAGGAACCAGGUGGGGUAGCCAAGAGAAAAGCUAAGGCCAAAGUGAAAGAAGUGAUUAAAGAAGAGCUUAAGAAAGUAAAGGAAAAACCAGAGUCAAAGAAGGAAAGUAAGAAUGAAGAUAAAAAGAAGGGGAAGAAAGAAAAAGAUGACCGGAAGGAUAAAUUUGCUGCUGAUUCAGAUAAAUACAAAAAAGAGUCUUCCAAAGGUAAAAAAGAUAGAGAAAAAGAGAAAAUAGGACUAGAAAAAAGUACCAAAGACAAAGAGAUUGUGAAAAGAUCAGUAAUUGGAAAGGAUGCUUCUACUAAAAUGGCAUCCAGACAUAAAGAAGAGAAAAAAGUAGAUAAAAAUCCUUCUAAGCUUGGAAGCUCAGCAGAGGGUCAAGACCGGAAAAAAAAGAAUUAAACCUACUUCCAUUGUCGUGGAAUGUUAAAUGUUGUGCCUUUAAUUAUUUGUUAAAUUACUAAAUGAUAUUAUAAAUUUGCAAUUUCCCGAAACUCAUUUUUCUGAUCCUGUUAAGCCAAGAUUAUGGUUAAUUUUUGUAAUAGCUCCUUAAAAACUCUGUAUUCACAGGUAUGUUUACUUGUAAAUUAAUAGUGCUGAUUCCACAAUGAAUUUAAGGAAUUUAUUUUCAAGAUUCAAAACUUGACUGAUUUAAUAACUUAUUUCAUUAAUUUAAUUUGCUUUCUGUGUAUUGAAAUAUUUUUUCAAGGUAUGUUUAGCUACAUCAUGUUUAGAUUAUGUUCAAAAUGGAAAUUUUUAUUGUUUUCCUUUAAUAUUCACAUUUUAACAUAAAAUAUAAUUUUCUUUAUCAUGUACACAGAAUGUCUAUGACUAUUACAUUCUUAAUAGCUAGCAUACUUAAUCAGUGUAUGUGUCAUAUCACAGUAAUAAACUAUGAGCUCCUUUGGGAGACAUUUAUCAUCUUCAUAUAUACAAUGCCUAGCAUGUAGAAGGUGCUUAAAUUGAAUUGAAUCGGACAGUAAGUACUUAGGUAUGCGAGAGUAAUACAUAUGUGAAUGAAUAUAUGUAUAAGUUUGGCCUUUCAUGAACUUCUUGCUACUAGGAGACUGUAAGCUCCUUGAGGGCAGUGAGUGUUUCUUCUUUUUUUUUAAAUUUGCAUCAUCAGCAUCUCAUGUGUGUUGUAGAUGCAUCAUAAAAACUUAUUGGAUAUGUUGAAUUCCCAAGGAGUUUAAUUACUGAAGUGACACACAGGUUGAGUUACAGGGCACUUUUAAAGACUAAAUAUUUUUAUAAAAGUUUUGUUUACUUAAACUUAAAACGAUAAUGCUGUAUCAUUUUUCAAUAUAUGUGCAGAAUGUUGUCAUUUUGAGAUAUAUUGUAGUGUCACAUAAUUAUGGAACAUUAUAAAAGAACUUCAUUUUAACCUUCAGAUGAGCAGAAAAUACUUCUUUUAAAAUAUUUUUUUAAAGAAAAAUAUGUUCCAAACACUUUUUCGAUUUCUUUUGUAUAUAGAGGUUCAAGUCUCUAAUUAUGGCAAAUUGUAAAAUCUAGUUCCUUUGUGUUUAAAGGGCAAUCUUCUCAUUUUGUUUUAGCAGGGAAAAAUAUAGUGCUGCUACCCAGAGUUUAUUUUUCUUUUUGCUAUAUUGUAUUUUUUUGCAUUUUCACCAUAGUUAGGUGGUAUUUUUUUUUAAGUGAGGCAAUUGGGGUUAAGUGACUUGCCCAGGGUCACACAGCUAGUAAGUGUUAAGUGUCUCAGGCCAAAUUUGAACUCAGGUCCUCUUGACUCCAGGGCCGGUGCUCUAUCCAGUGUGCCACCUAGCUGCCCUCUAGGUGGUAAUUUCUAAACACACUGUAAUUUCUAGAUUUGUGUGUUUAUGUCUGCUUUACAAGUAUAUUUCACUGCUAAAAUUUAACAUCUAGAAAUUCAGUUUAUGCAAAUUCUGUCUGAUACACCUAGAAAAGUAUGUAACUUCCUUCAAUUCCUAAGUUCUAAAAUGGGUGCUUAAUAAUUAAUUUAUAGAUUAAAGUAAUGGAAUUUUAAAAAGGGUUUAUUUAUAUCUUCUUCUAGCAGAUGGUGACUCAUUUACUGUGUUGACAAAAUAUAUAGAUUAAAGGAAAUACAAAAGGAAAGGUUUAUGAGUGGUAAUUUAUCCAUCAGUAUUAUAAUUUUUAAUCUAGUUUUAUCAGAAGUCAGGCAAUUUUAUGUUUUUAUUGAAGGAUAAUAUUGUAAUAAUUUUAGGUGUGAUGUAGGUGAUGGAUAAUAGCUACUGGACAAGGCAUUCUAAUAGAGAAAACUGUAAAUUUUAAAUAAAUGAAUUAAAAAUGAUAACCUUUGCUUAUAACUGAUGGACAUUCAUCAACUCCACAUAUUAAUGACUUUAUUUUCAAUUUAAUCAAUGUUUUUCUCUUCUGUACCUGAUGAGUACUGAUAUCUGUAUAUUAAAACAAAUGCAAAUGUAUUCUGAAACUGAUUAGGAAGUAUAGGACUUGAUAUUUUAAUUCAUUUGGCUUAGUAAAAUUCAGAUCUGAUCUUUAUUAAAAGAGGUGACACAUUUUAUGCUACUGUAUUUUAUUUUAACAUUGUGACUCAUUUGCUACUAACAUACGUGGUUAGUUAAACAUUUGUUUCAAUUUGCCGAAGUUAUACUUGAGGUACACUUUUAAAUCUAUCAUCUUAAAAUUAUUUGUAUUCAUGAAUAUAUUUCUGACUAAAAUAUAUUUCUUUAAAAUACUGCUUUUUAAGAUUAGGUAUAGUGAACUGAAAGUAAUUUAAUUUAAAACUGGUCUGAUUGCUUCAUGUUUUUCUUUAUAAUCAUCAUUUUGCAUUUUUGUAUUAGUGGAGUUUCAAAAUUCUUAAGUGACUAGGUUAAUAAGUCAGUUCUGAAGUUAUAUUAAACCUGAUAAUUAUUCCUGGCUCACUUUCUCCAUCCCUUAUUUCUUCCUUAUUUGUCCCAAUAAUCUCUACUUUUUCUUAACCUCAACAGUGAAGCUGAGUUAAAGUCCUUGAUAUAAGCCAUUCAAUGUUAUAACAAUGAGUAUAACUCUCAUAAGAGAAAUGUCAAUAUAAAGACAAUCCUCAGUUUAUAUUUUAGUUGUAGAAUCUUGCAGUUUUUUUUCCAAUUUUGUUUGAAACUUGAAAUGUGCUUUUUAAAAUAAGAUUUUUUAAUAAAGGAUGCUUAGUAACCUUAGAAAAGAAACUUACAGGGGCAGCUAGGUGGUGCAGUGGAUAGAGCACCAGCCCUGGAGUCAGGAGGACCUGAGUUCAAAUCCGGCCUCAGACACUUAACACUUACUAGCCGUUUGACCCUUGGCAAGUCACUUAACCCCAAUUGCCUCACUUAAAAAAAAAAAAAGAAAAAAGAAAAGAAACUUACUCAACUCACACUGUGACUGAACCGUAUUGCAAUAUCCCCUGAUUUCCAUUUGUAACACUAUGCCUGGAAAAGCACAUUGAGAGUUCUACUAGAAGAUGCCAGGGCAUUUCUUUCUUCCUCCUAUGCCCUCCUCCUGCCCUUAUCCAGUCACCUUCUAGGUAGUGGAAAAUAAUGCACAACAAGAGCUGGCAUAAACUAUGAAGGCUAUUUCCUUUUUUCUUUUAGGAUACAGAAGUAUCCUCUUAUUAUUUUCCAAAUUACUCUUUUUUUGUUGGUGGGGCCAAAUUACAUUUUAAAAUUUAUUUUUAACAUUCAUUUAAAACAUUUUUGAAUUUCCAAAUUCUCAUACCCCCUCCUAUUUUCCCCCCAUCCGUUAAGUGGGCAAGCAGUAUGAUAUAAGUUAUAAAUGUGAAGUCAUGCAAAUCAUAUGUCCAUAUUAACUAUAUUAAAAACAAAAAGCAAGAAAAAGAAAGUGAAAAAAAUGCUCUUGGAGUCAUCAGUUCUCUGCAGUUGGAUAGCAUUUUUUUUAAUGGGUCCUUUGGAAUUGUCUUGGACCAUUGUAUAGAUCAUAGUAGCUAAGUCUUUCAUAGGUGUUCAUUGUUACCGUGUUGCUGAUUACUAUUUACAGUGUUCACUUGGUUCUAUUCCAUUUUGCAUCAAUUCAUUUAAGUCCUCUCAGGUUUUUCUGAAACCAUUUCCCUCAUCAUUUCUUAUGGAACAAUACUAUUCUAUGAUGGAUUAUUUCAAAUUCAGUUUUCCAUCAUCCCCUGUUUUUUUUCUUAGGAGUCCAGGUAUUGGUACACUUGAUUCUAUGCUUAGAGCCAGAGUUUCUCUACUUCACACAUUCACCUUAUACACAUUCAAUUUCUUCUCCGGGUCUCCUGACCUUGAGUCAUUUACAUAUCACCUUUGUGGGUUUUCUAAGGGUUUAUAUAAACAACAUUUUUAUCUGUUUCAUGGGUUACUUUGGGCAAAAUAUCGAUCACCUUGUGGCCAAGGUAGCAACAAUGAGCCUUUACAUUUAGCUAAGCAGGUCUUCAUACAGUAGAAACUUGGUCUCUCCAAGACCAUACUUGAACCCUUUGUAGCUUGAAAGAAUCCAUCAGAACUUGAACUUUGCAGGCAUGACGUUUCAGCACCCUUGGCCACUUCUGUCAUGAUAAGUGUAGUUAUCUGGAGAUCAGAGAUCCAUAAUACAUAGUGGUUACAACAUUGAAGAAACAGAUUGAGUUUAAAAGGGUGCCACUCUUGGGUCCUCAUGCUUUCUCUUUUUUCUUCUCAUUU